AUGGUGGACGACGCCAGUGCUGCAGGAGGUGCAGGAGGCCCCGGGGGCCCUGGAGUUGGAGGGCGGGCUGGCUUCCAUGGCGGCUUCGGCAGUGGGGGCCAAGGUCAAGGCCGAGGAUGGGGCCAUGGAGCUCGGGGAGGAAAGGCCGAAGACAAGGAGUGGGUUCCUGUCACUAAGCUGGGCCGCCUAGUCAAGGACAUGAAGAUCAAGUCUUUGAAAAAGAUCUAUCUUUUCUCACUCCAUAUCAAGGAGUCUGAGAUCAUAGAUUUCUUCCUGGGAUCUUCAUUGAAAGAUGAGGUUCUGAAGAUCAUGCCUGUUCAGAAACAAACUAGAGCUGGACCAUGUACUAGGUUCAAGGAUUUUGUGGCCAUCGGUGACUACAAUGGCCAUGUUGGUCCGGGUGUCAAGUGCUCCAAGGAAGUGGCCACAGCUAUUCGUGGUGCUAGCAUUCUGGCCAAGCUGUCCAUUGUUCCUGUGAGAUGUGGUUUUUGGGGGAACAAGAUUGGCAAGCCUCACACAGUGCCCUGCAAGGUCACUGGGCAAUGUGGAUCUGUUCUGGUGCACCUGAUCCCCGCUUUUAGAGGUACUGGCAUUGUCUCAGCUCCUGUGCCUAAGAAACUCCUGAUGAUGGCUGGAAUUGAUGACUCCUAUACUUCUGCAAGAGGCUGUACUGCCACUCUGGGCAACUUUGCUAAGCUACCUUUGAUGCCAUCUCCAAAACAUACAGCUAUCUAA